AUGAAGUUCUUUGCAACCCCACCGGUUCAUGGCUCUUUAGCCAACCAAGUGGUUCACCCUGCGGAUCUAUGCUUCAAGUUGUCUGAGAAUGUGAGUUUGGAAGAAGGCGCAAUGUGUGAGCCCCUAAGUGUUGGUGUACACGCUUGUCGCCGAGCUGAGGUUGGUCCUGAAACAAAUGUAUUAGUAAUGGGAGCUGGACCUAUUGGUCUUGUCACUAUGUUGGCUGCUCGAGCUUUCGGUGUGCCUAGAAUAGUUAUUGUGGAUGUUGAUGAUAACCGUUUAACCGUAGCUAAACAGCUUGUCGCAUAUGGGAUUGUUAAAGUGACAACAAGCUUAAAGGUUUCUACACUUUCUUGGAUAGAUCAAUCCUUUAUUAUGACAAUGUGA